AGUAAAUUUAGUAAUCAGAUAGAAGCUUCCGGUUAAAUGAAAGCGAAGACAGGUACACGUCAGGCUAAGGCAACUGAAUAUACUCACAAGUUUAGUGUGGUAAUUCAUUGAGAAUCAAACAUGGCUUCAAACGACAUUGGAGACUGGUAUAGAGGCAUUCCGUUUUUAACGAAAUAUUGGUUUACUGGAUCCGUAGUGGUGCCCAUAUUAGCCCGAUUUGGCAUCUUGAAUCCGAUGUGGUUGUUUCUACAUUAUGAGUCUGUCGUGUAUAAGUUUCAGUUUUGGAGACCAUUGACGUCUGUGCUGUUCUAUCCUAUAUCUGGAGGGAAUGGAUUCCAUUACCUAAUAAAUUUAUAUUUCUUAUAUUCAUACUCGACACGUUUGGAAACAGGAAUCUUUGAUGGAAAGCCUGCAGAAUACCUAUUCAUGCUUCUCUUUAACUGGUUAUCCCUGGUGAUAAUUGGACUUAUUGGUGAAAUCUUUUUAUUGAUGGAUCCCAUGGUCCUGAGUGUUCUGUAUGUGUGGUGCCAGCUAAACAAGGACACAGUUGUGCAGUUCUGGUUUGGAACACAGUUUAAGGCGAUGUAUCUGCCAUGGGUUCUGCUGGCUUUCAACAUGAUCUUGGGACAAGGAGGAAUUUCAGAGCUUCUCGGAAUCCUUGUUGGACACCUGUAUUUCUUUUUGAUGUUUAAAUAUCCCCAGGAUUUUGGUGGAGUGCGUUUUCUCACUGUACCAAACAUAUUGUUUAAGUAUUUCCCUAACAGACGCGGCGGUGUGUCAGGUUUUGGGAUGGCACCAUCUAGUCGGCGACAACAGCGAGACGAUGGGAACGAGAAUCAUAAUUGGGGACAUGGCAAUCACAUGAACUAACCUUCCAAGUUACAAUAUACAAAGCUGGUUCAUUUACAUAGUCAUAUUUAUAAAAAAAAGAGUUUGAUAUUUGUCAACUUUUUGAAAUUCCCAGAGAACUUCACUGAUACUUUGCUAUGGAAAACUGAAAUUAUUAUAUUUCAGCAAAGCCAGGAAUGUUGGUGUAACUUAGGCCAUAUAGUGAGGCACAACUUCAAAUCUCUGUGGGUAUUGGACAAGCUUAUAACAUAUGCAAUAUCUCAAAAAGACUGACCUAUACAUACAUUUAAUAUGCAUGUGUUAAAGUUUGACUUUUUGACGUUUCCAUCAGUCACCUGAUAGGUGUGACCAUUUAUGGUCGUUGUUGGUUUUAAAACCAACAUGAUGAUGAUAGAUAUGCUUGUUGGAAUAAUUUAGUGUUGUUUUUUUUUUUUUUAUGUCAUAGGAUAUUUUUUCUCAUGGGUCUAUUUUUUUAAAGAAUAUAGAUUCUUUGAAAGAUUUUCUUAUUUCUGUGAAAUAUUAUUGGAGUUUAUGUGAUCUCUGAAAACUGUUCAAUUUAGCCUUGUGUACUAUCUUACGUGUUGAUAAAAUACUUAAUUACAUGGAAAAUAGAAGCUUUACUAAGAUUUGCUAAUUUUAUUACAGAAGGCAGGUUGUAUGUCAAGAUCAUACAAUUUAAAACGAAUUCCAGAUGAAUUCCAAAUGGUGGAUUUAUUUUGACAAAUUCUACAAAGCAUGCAGACAUCUAGACACACUUUCUUCUAUUCUUCCAUAUCAGUUAGUAAGAGAUAUGUAAAUCACUGACGUGCUGUUUCUACUGCCAUUCAUUAUCUGCAGAACUGACUAUAUGUAUUGUUGCUGUCAACAUGUCCAUAAUAUAAAAUCCAUUAGUCAUAUUCAAGUCCUCUUUCGUUUUCAUCCUGUUACCUGUUAAGGAGACAAAGUAAUGCAUCAUAUUAAUCAUUCCGAAUAAUGUAUUCAUUAACAAUAGUUUAAAAUUUUAAAAUUCCAAAACUGAUUGAAAAUAAUACAUUACAACUUCUAUUUUUCAUGAGCUAUAUCGGUCUUAAGAAUUCCUUUUAUAUAAAUAUUUAUCAUAUUGGAUGUGAAUACCAUGUUUGACCUAAUAAAUAGACUGUACACUGACGAAAAACAAAGGUCUGUACUUAAAACUAUCACAAAGAUCAAAUUUACUUUUGUUUGUGGAGACCUAAAAAUCUAGGGAGAAAAUUGGAUUUUUAUAGCAACUCAAUUAUAGCUGAGUUUCAGCCAUAUUUCCUUGCGGGUCAGAAAACUGGUUUAUUGGGUUGAAGCACAAGUAUUGUUUCUCUCAGAAAAGAAGAGAGACUAUACUUAAAGGGGCAGGUGUGUUUAUUAGGUCAAUUAUGAUAUAAUUAGAAAAUGUUUUAUUGAAGCCAUUAAACAUAUUUCCAAUUG